AUAUAUAAUGUAUAUAUAUGUGUGUGUGUUCUGGUUCACCGCAAGAAGAUGUCUAAUGUCCAGUCUUCAGUCUGCAAUGAUGCAGAUUAUCUGUGGAUGUCCCUCCUGGUUUUGGGGUUUCACCCGGGUGACGCCAGCGCUUCUAUCGGCAAACCGACUAGUCAUGUUAGCCUCGGCGUGCAUAUGUUUGACAAACCUAACAAGGAUGCUUUUUACAUUGUAGCCCACUUCUUAUUUGAAAAGUUGAACCCCACACGUGCCAACGAUGUGUUCAGGUUUUGUUGGCCUCCAUUGGAUAGAAAGACUGAUUCAGAGUUUCGUAAGAUGAGCUAUGGAUGGCUGCAGGAAAUCUAUAAUGAAUGUGGGGGUUGCUUUCCCAAAAUUGUUGCUUCAUUAUUUCUUUCUCCGGGUGGUCCCAAGUUUAUUAAUCUGAUCUUCCACUUUGCCAAGUAUGUUGUGAUGCAGGUCAUAAAGAAACAUGUCCGGGAAGCCGAUGAUACAUGGGAAGCAGACGUUGCAGGUUCAAAGGCUCAGUAUUUGGAGACAAAAAAAAUGAGAUGUAAACUUGUAAAAAAUAGGUUUCAACAGGCAGCCUUGAGGCAAGAUAAUGUGAUCCAGGAGUACCACAAAAAGGCACAGUCUCUGGUGAAAUCUAUGAGGGAUCUAAGAGCUGAAAGUGCUGAAUAUGAUCGUUUGCUGAAACUGAAAAAUGAUCAAAACAACCAAGAAAGGGGUCUUCGAGCUGGAAAGAUUAAAAAGGUUCGAUCCCUCUGGGCAUGUUUAAAUGAAGUCAUUUACCAUCUGAAAGAUGAAAAAGAGGUUGUGGACUCGGUUGUUAAAGGCAAUGUUGACCAGUACACUCUUGAUGGCACUGAUGUUUCGGUGAAGGUUCCAAGAUUGUUGCUGGAAAAGAUCGAAAACUCUGUGCACACAUCACACACUGGGAAUCUGUAUGAGGCUGGGAAUAUACAUUUCAUAAGAGUCAUUGAGUUAUUGAAUGACGCCCUGAAGUUUCUCCGAGAAGAGCAGUUGCACACAGGCCCCUAUAAAGUGGAUUUAAAUGUGCAGUUAAUUGAGGGACAAAUGAAGCUCCAGACUAAAACUUUGCAGAGUCUUAAACUGUUGAGGGAGAAAAUUACAAAGGAGGCCCUCCCUGAUGUAAAAGAAUCGAUACUUGAAAAAGAAAAGGCCUGGGAUAAGAAGUGGGAAGAACUGUUGAAGCAGAAUCCGUUCAGUCUACUAAACCAGGAGAAUCCAGCUCUUGAUCUGCUCCCAGCUAUGUCUGCCUUGUCUUUUGAGCCUGCCACAGAAGCUGCCUACAAAAUGAGUGUGUUCUCUCAAUAUCCAGCAGCAUUUCCAGAUUCACAAAAGGAAGGGGCCUCAACAAACAGCUUCGUGUAUGACUUGGGGAAGAGUGUGGAAAAGGAAUCAAAUCUCAGAAGGUCCUCAUUGGCUGGAAUAACCAGCACACCUGAUAGAGCAAAAUGUACAAGUCUAGCAGAGCCAUGUACUGAACCUGGGGUUGUGCGUGGUGCACGACCAAACGAGCUGAAGUCUGAGCUGAAUGAAGUCCAGGUAUCUAAAUCAUUAAGAACUCCAGUUAAUGACUUUAGCUGCAAGAGAAAACGAGCCCAGAGCCUGGGAAGGAUCCAAGCCAAUGUCCUUCACAAGGAAUAUGACAACCUGGCAGAUAAGUUUGCUGAAGCUGUGGCAGCCAGCCCUGCUGGUUUUGAAAGGAAAGCUUUUGAGCUGGAGGAUAUAUUAAGCACAUUAACUUCAGAUCCAUUUAUGACACGGAAGGAGCUUCCUCGCACACCAGAAAGCUUACUUUCAGAUAUAAGAAGUUCAUGGAGAAAAGCUGUUGCGGAAGGAGAAGCACAACAGGCAAGAUUGUCUGGAAAACAUGUUUUAGAUGAGGCUGAGGAGCCACCAGCCAAUCGGGUGGAUUCCAGCAUAGCUUGCUUUAUGUCGCCGCAAGGCACUGAAUUUGAGGAGACUUUCUCAGAUCCAGUUAAUAAAUUAGCAAAUUGGAUGAACUUUGCUACACUGGAAACACCUGGAGUCAGUUGUGAAACCAAGAAAUUGCUCAAGACAGGAAGAAUAACAGACCUAAAAAGUGAGGUUUCCUCCCUGAAUAGUGCAGAUAAUGGAGCAGGGAGCCCAGAUCAUCACCCUGUAAUGGAACAGAAAUUAAGCCCUGAAGUGUCUUUCUUAAAUAUGAAACCAGCUUCACAAGCUGACAGACAUCUGGAAAACCAAAAACUGACUGACUCUUGUGGAUUGUCAUACAGGCAUGAGAGUGGUUCACUGCACUCCACAGUAUCUUGGAAUUCUGCUUGCAUGCUUGGAAUUGGAGACAGUGCUGACAGCAGCAGUAUUGUCCAAUUUGGAAUCUCCAAUGAAACUCUCCCUGAAAUACUUGGCAACGAGAGUUCUCAGGGACUCUGUUCAGAAGAUGGACUUGGAUCUGAAGAUGAAGGCAUGGAAAACUACACUCUUGCAGCAAACCUUUCAGAGAUGCAUCAAGGGCCAAGGGUAGACUUGCAGUCGUUCCGCAGCAGGUAUGAGAAAAUCAGACAGGCCUAUUCGAAAACCUUUCCCACUGAAGAGGUUGAGGAGGCACAUGUGGAAAUUGCUCCUCAGUCUGUUGAUAUAAACCCAGAACCUGCACAAUGGGAGACAGCAGACCAGGUGUUCACUUUGGAUCUGGACUUCUUGGAAACCCUGACUCCCACCAGUAAAGAUAAGAGAUUGACUCUCCCAAAGUUGGCAACAUUUUCUCCAUUGAAUGAUAUCCGGAGUGUUCUGGGUGAUGGAGCAGAAGAUUUUGAUCUGUUCUGAUGUAAUGGGGGUCUACAGCUGUAGGGAUUAAGAGUACAACUUUUGGGAAUUGUACUGUAUAACAAAAGCUAACUGCUGCCAUCUUCUUUACAGUCAAAUGUUUGUUUCACUUUUAAAUUGUUUUGUACAUGAGCAAAUAAGCAUGGUCCUUAAAGUUCAAGUAAAACUUGCCCUGGAGACUAACCUUGUCCCAGGUGCUGGGUAAUAUAUUUUCCACAUUCUUUUUAAUUAUAUUUUUAAUAUUUGUUUCACCUUGAGUGUUUCAGAUCACCGGGGGGGUGGGAGGGGAGGAAUUGGAUAAACCAUUUUUCUACAUGAGGCCAUAUUAUAUUUAAGCCACUGGAAAACACAAUAACUCAGUAAGGGAAGUUAAGGGAUGUAUGCAACCUGUAGUUUUUAUACUUUUUUUUUUUUUUUUUUUUUUUUUUUAAAACUGCUAUUGUUAAGGUUUGAUGCCUUGUACUGUUGACAUAGGCAAUUUGUUUAUUUAAUGUUCUGAAAUUGUAAAUAGAAUUACAUGAAUAAAGAUUGUAAAUUUGUUUAACAGAAAUCCCACGAUAAAGCAAAUAAGAUUUUUGGAAUUUAACAUGAACCCUGUUUUAAGAUGGGUUACACCCCUUGUAUAACCCGGACCUAUAUAGCAACCUUUCAAAAAAGGCCACACCUAACCUGUAUGUAACAUGUAAUUUCGGAUCACAGUCCAUUAGCAUGUACUUGCUACCUGCUGUAGAACAUCUUUCUCUGGUAAACUUAGCAGGGCAUUGACAAGGUUACUACACAGGAAAAAAGUACCAUAUGGUUUUAUAAGAGCGGUAAUGGGACUUUUUAUACAGGUGGUCUAUAUUAAAGGUUUUGCUGAUUUAAUGACUAAUCAAUAUUAUGAUUAAAACCUGUAUAUCCUGCUGAGGAGUGGCCACACUUUUUAAAUAAAUAAAAACAAACUGAAGCAAGUUUGUACUGGAACCUUUUCUGAUGAUAAUGUCCUUAGCUCUAUGUUUGGGGGUGUCAGCUGACAUUUAAAUGUAAAUGAGAAGUCUCCAGACCAUUCACAGCUUUUUAGGUCAAUAGAAAUCAUCAAAUUAUCCCAGUUUUGCCAGAAUUAAAGUGCAGUUGAAAUCAUG